AUGGAUAGGUUAGGUGCCAAGGACGGCUGCCGCUGCAACUCUGUUUCACGAUCACUAGAGAAAUGUUGGAUGGAGGCUCAAAACUCUGCACCUGUCCCCUUCCUGACAUCCAAUUCUCCAACUGUCCAACUACACCCAGACCCAUACCUUGUGAUGUCACACGCCUCACCGAUUAAGACCACUCUGGGAAAGGUCACAUUCGUGAUGGGCGCAGGGCAGAGCAUCUGUGCCGGCUCACGUGUGACAGCUUCGACAGCAAUCGAGGUGUUUGCUGAUGUUAAGGACACGAAGCAGACCAAUGCCAUGAUCGAGGAGAUGGUGGAGAGGCUUGGGCUGAAGCUCUUCAUGAGCAUAUCGAAUGCAGGCAUUGCCCAGGUCCAGCCAUUGCUCGAGUGCAUGCCAGACGAGCCCAUUAUGUGGAACCCUCAUGCACCGGUGGAUGACAAUGGCACAUUUGCACAGCAGCUGCAGCAGAACAGCCUGGCACAUAUCAUGACAAUCAUGCAGCAGAUGCAGAAGUUGGCUGGCAGUGAAGAGGGUGAGUUGACUGGCGCUGAUGUCGACGAGGGUGCUGCCAACAUGGAGCUUGUGCAUAGCGGAGUUCAAGAGUGA